AUGUCCGUCUACCAUUCCACCACCUCCGACCAGCAAAGCAGUAGCUCUGCAUCCGGGGCUACAAACGGUCAGUCCACUGCCGAUUCGACAGGAAAAAACAGUCUUGCCUUGGACUACCUAACUAGUGUUUUCGCCUCCAAUGGAACUAUACCUCCUACCUUUCCACCACAGCAUUCAGCAGCCGGCAAUUUCACUCCCACCACUGGUGAUAUCAUGAAUGCGCUUAUUGCUGCUGCUGCAGCUGCUGCCGCUGCAACCGCCACAAGCAAUGCGGCUUCUCCCAGCGCUAUGGACCCGUUCGCUGCUUCAACUCUACUCUCUUCUCUGAUGUACAGCCAACAGCAACAGAGUACGGCAGUUCCAUCGGGCCUUUGCCAGCCUCCAGCGGAUCUUUAUUCCCCCAAAUCCAACCUUCCUCUGGAUCCUAUUCUCUUUGCCCAGCACGCUCUGAUGCAAGCAGGCUUUGAUGCAACAAACCGUCAGCAUCAAACAAAUCACAACCAGCAACAACAACAACAGAUGGCACUUGCGAUGGCCAAUCUACUUGGUCAAUGGAGCUCCAAUCCCUUCCUCUCCCUCCAACAGCGUCGUGAUUUGUGCUCCUAUCGUGCAGAUGGUGUGGAGGAGACUUCCACAGCUGCACAAACAGUAGCCGGAACGGACGAGUCCUUCAGUACCGUUUUGGCAAAGCUAACACAGGGUCUUAAUCAAAGCAGUAGUGCGUCCACUCCUUCCUCUGCCUCCUCUCGGGCCCCCAGCGCAUCACAAGGCCAGACAAAGGAUUCGCUUGUCCCAACAACAUCAAUGUCCACGUCAUCCUCUGGGGUUCUCACAAACACAUCAAGGUUUCCUCUCCAAGGGGCCGGAGAGAAUGCAGCAGCUUUCGCCGCCGCAGCUGCGUUGACGGUUCUGCAACAACAACAACAACAGCAGAAUCGGAUAGCAGUCACCAAACCGUCUUCCCACCUAUCCCAUCGGUCGACAGCGCUAGGGGCAACACCAAGUCGCGAAGGCCAGCCACAUAGGGGCAGAGGAAGACCUCCCAAGUCUUCUUUAGCCGUAACUAAGACCCAAUUAGACAAACCUAGUCGAGCUACGACAUCGACCCCACAACCCGAUUCCUGCCUAGCCGACUUGAACAGUAUCGACGGUACUAUAACUGACGUUCUCAAACGCCUCAACGACUCUGUCGACCUCUCGAACAGCCGUAAACGAAGGCGCAUCGACUCUGCUGACAAAAUGACUUCCAGCACUGCUUCCGCAGUAGCUUCAGUUGCCACCACACCGACAACUUCUGGUGCUCCUGUUUCCACAUCCAAAUCAGACACAUCAGGUCACAAACGAGCACGAGGCUUCACUGACAGUGGUUAUCGACUUCCCUUGGGUUUGGGAUGGCGUCGCGAGACUCUCGUGAAAGGUGUCGGUCCGGGGGGUUUGUUGGGAGACGUGGUCUAUAUUGCGCCUUGCGGUCGUCAAUUUUGGAACAUCGAGGGUAUUCGAGAGUACCUCCGAUCGGCAAAGAAUAGCAUUUUAACCACAGAAGAUUUUACCUUCAAAUCCUACGUCCGUCUCGGCGACUACUAUGAGUGCAACAAGGAUUCAAAAGGGUUUGUAAAGAUGUCUGAAGCUGCUGUAAACGCACUCAUCACCACCGGCCAAGAGUCGCCCUCCAGAAGUCAUCGGCGGACGCCUCAAGCAGUUUUUCCUUCUACCUCUCCCUCGUCCACUGCAGCUGCCGCUACCACUUCCGUUCCUUCAAGUAACGCUGCUGGAAAGUCCUUCUCAGCCUCAGAUACUGAGCAGCACCAGCACUCAUCUUUCAAUCCUAGUCCUAGACGGCAUUCCUAUUCCUUUUCUCCUGAUCCUGAUAAUGCAGGUGUAGCGUUUUAUCCCGAUCUCAUGGCUGGAAUGGCAACAGCGAACGUGGAGACCUACACAAAACCGUUCACCGAUUUUCCCUUGGCUCUGCCUCGGUUUCCUAGUCUCUCGCCUCAACUGACCUCCGCCCUGGCCAAUCAAAUUGGAUCUUUGUGGUCACCAUGGCCAUCAGGGAUUCAAAACCCUGAAGCGUCUUCCGUGGCGGUGUCGCCUCCGUCGACUUCUUCAUCCAAUUUCGUGUUUCCUUCCACUCAGCAACAGCAGCAACCUCAACAGAAGGAUCGCUUCUCCCUCCAAUCUUCAAGCUUGAACAACCUUGAGGAUUUCGAUCGACUUCGAGCCUUCUUUACGAAAUUGGUUGAGGAUCACCAACGCCUGGAGAGCGAGAAAGAGACUCAAAGACAAGCCGAUUUGGAGGUUCAGAUCGCGAAAGCACGCGAAGAGCGCAUUGCCUACCUCGUGGAAGAAGAGUUAAAACGACCUGUGGAGGAUUUGAACAUCCUCAAUCCUAAGGUUCUUCCUGAAUUCGAUCGCAUUGACGGGAACCGUAUGCCUAGCCAAGUAUUCACUGAUUGUCUUUUUGUUCUGGAAUUCCUACACGCAUUUACCGAGGUUCUCUGCAUCGACCCUGAGACUAUCCCGUCCAUGGGGUGCAUGCAAGCGGCAUUCAUUGAUAGGGACGAGACUUGCAUCGAGGUUAUCAAUCACCUUAUAAUUGAACUGCUCAAGUUUGCUAUCCUCGACCCUGGAAUUCCUACACCCCGACUGGUAACUCAGCUUCUGAGUCAGCGUUUUAGUGAAAUGGAAGUAAACACCCAGACUGUAACCGGACUUUUGCGUGUCUUUCUCAUCGGUCGAAAUGGCUACGAAGACGAGAUGUCUGAUUGGUUGGCGCCUUCGAAUGUAGGUCAUCUUAAGGAUCUUUCGGGUCCUCAGUUGGCCAGUCUCCUGGCGUUUAUUUGUGAUGAGCUGACCUGUUCUAGCCGCAUCAUCUCGAAUGAGGUCGACCGAACCAUUGAGUUGCAGAUAUCAUUGAGAAGGGACAAGUUUAAUCUUGAGGCGAAGAUCCGAAAGAUCCGUGUGAUUUUGGCUCGGAAAUUUGGCUUGGAUCACACGGUCGAUUCGAGAGAAUCAGAAGAAGAGAGCAGCAAAAAGCAACCCGCUUUCUUACAGAACAUGCGUCAGCCAGCAUCAUUCCACAACUACGACUCAGGUGAUGAGGAUGAGUUGAACAGUAUCGAAGAGUUGGAGAAGCGCAUUGAGACGCUGCACCACUGCCUUGAGGCAAAACAACGGGCUAUCGAGGAAUGCUCCUUCCGAUUAUCGGGGAUAUUUUUGGGUCAGGACCGAUUCUAUCGGAAUUACUUUGUUCUCGGCAGUGUGGGUGGGAUCUACGUGGAGGGACAACCAACGGUUUUUAAGGACGGUUCAGCUGUUCGCGAUGUACCACCAAUUUUCGAUCCCGAUGCCAUUGUGGCCGAAAUCAAGGCCCGAAGGGAGCUCUCCAUAACCCGGCACUUUAGUACAAACUCCAGUAGCACUUCUAAUAAUGCUGUGUUGACACAAAAGCCGAAUCCUUUACGAUCAGCGUCGAAUUCUGGUGCAUUAUCAACUACGAAAAUUGAAAAACAAACUGCAAUGCCUGAGGAUGAAGGCGCGAAAAGCGAGGAAAUAAUACAGGUUGCGAGUGAAGCUAAGCUGGUGGUAAAGUAUGAGCUAGAAGAGAAGGAAAAAAUAAUUGGAAUUGUCGAUGCCGUUGCAGAAGAUUUUCAGGAUGCAGCGGAGGAGGUAAAGGAGGCAGAAGAAAAUGGUGAUAAAAGGGGGGAAGAUCAGGAAGAUGACUAUUUAGAAGAAGACAAACCAGUUUCACUGAAAUUUGAGAGAAAAACGCCAAAGAAGGAGGAAAGCCCUGAAGAAUCGACAACUUGGCAACCAUUGGAUCUCUCUACAAAGCGAGCUUCACCUCCAUCUGUCCUCACACCCCUGUCUUCCCAACAAUCCGAUCUGUCUCUUUGUCAAUCGUUAACUGAGCACGAUCUGGCCUCUGCUCUAGAUGAAUGCCAACUCGAUGACACCUUCUUGACCACUGCUACUCUUCUUUUCGCUACGCAGACCGACGCUAUCGAUCGUUCCACGCUCAUGGGGGGUUGGACGGACCCCAGCUGGCAUGUCCAAUUACUCUUCUACAAACUUCAACUGGUUCGUUCAAUAGCUUUAGAGAGGCGCAAAAACUGUGAGAACGAUGAGAAAGCACUUUCAACAGCACUGAGACGAUUAAAGACGUGGUUAGUGGACGGUGGUUUGGAGGGCGGUGAGGAACGGCAACAUUUAAAUGCAUCCACUGCGAAUAUUACGCAAUUCGAUGAUGUGGAAAUGGCAAAGGAGGUAGAACGAAUCCUCAAGGAGAGAGAGGUGCAAGAAUCUGGACCCGAGGUGUUGGAAUUAAUUCCGGCGGCUGCUAAGGGAGACUGGUGGCGGGUGAAGGGUUCAGAGGGUCUACAGAUCCUGCUUGAGGCACUUCUUCCGAGAGGCAUUCGCGAGAGAAGUCUGGCUCAGACUAUUCAGCUGUCCGAAGAUGCUGUUACUUCGUCGAUCCAUGUUGACCCCUCGGCUGUUUUAGACCUCGGUUCUGCCUCAAAAUCAUCAGAGAGCGGUUGGCAGCCGCGCCUUCUCCGAGUUCGGUCGCGCCGCGGCAAGGGCCGUGGAGCCAACCCAUCCAAUUUACUCUAUUCCACCUCCUCAGCCGCCAACCUGGCAGCCUUUAGCUCCGGACGUCACCUCACAGGCUCCGCCUCACAAAUCUCAUCGGCGACAAAUCUCUCCGAGACCGCAAUAGGCGACGUGGGUACUUAUGCAUUCCGUGGAGAUUGUGAGAAUUCGCCCGAAGCUACAAUAGAGCAGAGUGUCUUUCUUGGAGAGAACUUUGAACGUGCGAUGCGGUCAGGUCGGAGUUCUGCCAAUUCAACCGCUACAGCAACGGCUGCUGAGCGAGAAUUCCUCGAUGAAUACAGAUUCUUGGAACUGGUUGAAGGGCUUGUUGAUCGAGUGCUCUCAGCUAGUUUGCAGACCAAAGGCUGGCAGGCUCCAAUGAAAGCAACCGAGGACGACUCCAUACAAAUAGUUCCACGCGACACACCCAAAGUUUACCGAUACGACUACUGGCCCUUAGAACUGGCACGUGAACGCCUGCUUGACCUAGAAGCACAUACCGAGCGACGCUAUCUCCUUCCCCCUCUGAACUGUGAGUCACGCCUGGAUGCGGUUCAGGCACAGGCAGCGGCGGCAGCAGCCAUCGAGGACACAGCGGCUUUGGUGGAGGGUAGCGGAAGUGUUUGUAGUGACUCGACAAUUCAUGAGGAAACCGCGGCAACACUUCACUCACAUCCACCGCCACCGUUGCACAUCCGGAGGCGUGCACUGCGGCGCAGCGAACGCGAGGUAGAAGGCGAGGAGGUCGACGGAGGUGGUGGUAGCGGUGGGGUGGAGGGGGGCUCUGGUGAAGCACAGGGUCUCUUGCUAUGGAGGCGCAACACCCGUAAAGCGGACUCUGUGGCCGAGUUGAAAAGAUGUGCUAUGCAAUUUGAGGCUGCGAUUGCAUGGGACAAGUCCAUCAUGAAAGUGUUAUGUCAGAUCUGCAGACGGGAUAAGAACGAAGCACGUCUUUUGCUUUGCGACGGCUGCGAUCACGGGUACCACACUUACUGCUUCCGCCCUCCAAUGGUUUCUAUCCCUGAGGGGGAUUGGUUUUGCUAUGAUUGUGUCUCAAAAGCUACAGGCAAGUGUCACUGUUUCGUCUGCGGCCUUGUUAGGCCCGUGGGAGCCGCGGAGACGGCUCCAACGACGGCUGUGGAUCCGGCACAUCGACUAGUGCAAUGCGCUUCCUGUGCACGCGGUGCUCAUCCCGCUUGUCUAAGACCACCUCUGAAUAGAUUGCCCAAGAGAUGGACCUGUAUGCUCUGUGCAGCCAGUGGAGUGAGCGGAGCGGUGGAAAAGGUGGUAGCUACCACUACGGUCACCUCGGAGAUGCACUUGACGAAAAAGAUUAACGCUGCUCAAAUCGAGCGUCCAAAACGUGUCUACAUCAAGUCAGGCGCCUAUCGUAGUUCCAAACGCACGACAAAAUCCAAAAGUGAGUCGGCAAGACAGAAGAUAACCGAACAACAGCGGAAGGUAGGACGACCAAAAGGCACAAGCGGGAGCGUCAGCAGCAGCGGCGGUAGCAGUAAUAAGCGAAAGGACUCUUCCUCCUUCAGGAAACGCGGUCGUCCCUUGGGCUUCUACAAACGCUCUCACGCAGAGACUGGUGAGGAGAAUGAGGCUGAUGACGAGGAUGUCGAGGAGGAAGACAUUGAAUAUGGUGGAGGUGAUGGAGAGGAAGGGAGUGGAGGCUGUGGUGGAGGCGAGGAGCGGAUCACAGAGGCUAGCGGCGAUGAUGGAGAUGACUAUGAGGAAGAUUUGGAACCAGCAGUUUUGGCCAAUGGAAUUUCGUCUUCGAGGAAGUCCACAGUGACUAAACGGUGUGGAAAAUUACGCAAAUCACCACUGAGUCUUUCCGAACGUAAUUUUUGCAGGCACGCAACAGAGGACCUGAUGAGACACGAAUUGUCUUGGCCCUUCAGAAAACCGGUUUGCUGCAAGACAGUUCCGAUAUAUCGAAAGGUUAUCAAAAGGCCUAUGGACUUGUCGACCAUUCUUAAACGCCUAGGUGCGGACAGAUGGAAUUAUUACACUUCCGUGGCAGAAUGGAGAGAAGACGUGCGCCAAAUUUUUAAAAACUGCCGUAUAUUUAACGAGGAUGACUCCGAGAUCGGCAAAGCAGGCCACGAGUUGAGGAGAUACUUUGAAAGUACUUGGGCUCACGCCUCGCAUCUGUUAAACUCUGGCGAUGCUCAUUCAUCCUUGGAAGUGCCAACUGGAGAGGAUUCAGUUGCUACAGCUCCUAGUACACCUGGAUGUCGAGAGCCUUCCACAUGCACUCCCAGUCCUGCUACAAGGCCUCCAUUCGAGGCAGACGAUAUCCCCUCCAAAGGUGCUGAAGCCCCACCUUCACCAAAGUCUUCGAAACCACUACUAGAAACGGAAGGCGUUCUGAAUUCUUCGUGUGCCAGAGAAGCAGUGAUUGAAUCCAUCAUGAGCUAG